GUUGUCGGGUACUCCGUAUUCGGGCGUAUAAUAAUAAUAAUAGUAACUUUUCGCUGAUAAUAGCAAAUCUAAAAAUAUUUUACCUAUUUAAAUACCUUUUAAAUUGAAUAGGAACAUUUCAGUUUUUGGACGGUUACUUUCAAGUUUUAACUUCUGACCUACUGUGCACACUACAUUGUGCGACAAAGGUCCGGCUUGUGUCCACAUUCCAUAGACGCCGAUUACGCUCGUUCUAACAUAAUAUACGUUCUUUCCGUGAAUUGUGAAAGUUACUAAACGUCUGAACAUCCUUAAAAAAAUCUAGAAUCAUGUCAAUGUCAAAAUGUCAUCAACUAUCUUCAUUUAUUUGCAAACAACAGAAAAACUUACGUAUGAUGUCAACAUUGUGGUCCAAUGUUCAGCAAGGACCUCCAGAUGCUAUACUUGGUGUAACAGAAGCCUUCAAACGUGAUAAAAAUCCACAAAAAAUUAACUUGGGCGCUGGUGCUUACAGGGAUGAUAAUGGUAAACCAUAUGUAUUACCAAGUGUCAUUCAAGCGGAAAAUCUGUUAGCAAAAAAAAAUUUGGAUAAAGAAUAUGCUCCAAUAAGUGGCAUUUCUGAGUUCUGCAAUGAAGCUAUACAAUUAGCAUUAUCCAAUGAAUCCUCUAUUAUUAAGAACAAAUGCUAUGCUUCAGUUCAAUCUAUAUCGGGAACAGGUGCUUUAAGAGUUGGUGCUGAAUUUCUUUUAAGAUAUGCUCCAUUGAAAACUAUUUGGGUACCUAUUCCCACCUGGGGUAACCAUAAUCAGAUUUUUAAAUUUUCUGGAUUGGAAGUUAAAACGUACAGGUAUUAUGAUCCAAAAACAUGUGGACUUGAUUUUGCUGGAAUGGUUGAGGAUUUAUCUUCUGCUCCAUCUGGCUCAGUAGUUUUGUUACAUGCGUGUGCUCAUAAUCCAACUGGGGUUGACCCAAAACCAGAACAAUGGAAAGAAUUAUCCUCAUUGUUCAAAAGUAAAGGCUUAUUUCCAUUUUUUGAUAUGGCUUACCAAGGGUUUGCUUCAGGAAAUGUUGAUCAGGAUGCUUGUGCUGUUCGUUCAUUUUUAUCUGAUGGUCACCAGAUUGCUUUGGCACAGUCAUUUUCCAAAAACAUGGGCUUGUACGGAGAACGUGUAGGAUUGUUUUCAUUAACCACUUUAGAUAAAGAUGAAGCAGACCGCAUUGUAUCUCAGUUAAAGAUAAUUGUACGGGGUAUGUAUUCAAACCCACCUAUACACGGAGCUAGAAUUGUGUCAGAAAUAUUAUCCAAUCCUCAAUUAAUGGAUCAAUGGUUGGUUGAAGUGAAGGGUAUGGCAGAUAGAAUAAUAUCAGUCAGAUACCAAUUAAAAGACCUUUUAGAAAAAGAAGGUUCUACACAUAAUUGGAAACAUAUAACAGAUCAAAUUGGAAUGUUCUGUUAUACUGGACUUAGUAAAGAUCAGGUUAAAAAGUUAAUUGAUCACCAUAGCGUGUAUUUGACAAAUGAUGGUCGCAUAUCUAUGGCUGGUGUUACUUCCAAAAAUGUUGGUUACUUAGCUAGUGCAAUGCAUAAAGUUACUAGUACUUAAUUAAAUAAACAAAGAUAAAAUUAUUUUUAUAUUUUUAGAUGCAAUGAUAUGGUAAUCUUUAUAAAGUGUUAUAUCUUCUUUAUAAUCAUUAAUAUUAUAUUUUGUAAUCUCUUUUUUUUUUUAUUAAAUGUAUUCAAAUUCACAUUUUAUUUAAUAUACAUUUAUUUAAUAAUAUUUCCUACUGCAUAAUUAUUUGUCUUAGGUUACUGUUGAAUAAAAUAUAAUUUUAUUUCAAAUUAUUA